AAGAGGAAGAGUGAAGGAGGGAUAGAGAGGGACAGACAGAGAGUGAAUGAUAGAAGAGGAAGAGUGAAGGAGGGAUAGGCAGGAGGAAGAAAGAGAGAGACGUGAGGAAGCCAAGGAGAGCUACUGGAUGCAUAACAUUCUCUCCUCUUCUUCUCUGACAGUGCAGAGAAAGUUAUGGCCGAAAACAACACCAAUCUCUUUCUGGAAAUACUUCAGUCAUUUGAUGUUGUCUCCCUGAUCAUCGCUUUCUGUGUGUCCAUUGCGGUGGGAAUUCUAUUGGGGGUGCUGGUCUAUGUUGUCCUGACCUGGAUGUCCCGUCGCAGGGCCGGCUCGGGCAGUAUCACCCGCCGGCCACCUCGCCCGUCCCGCACCUCCCCGCGCACCCGGCCUGGCUUCAAUCGCAACAGCAGCUACGACCGGCGGAGCAACAACAGCCUGGUUAGCGCUGCCUUCAGUUUCCACCGCCAGGCCUCCUCCCCAGACCAGGCUGACCCUUUGGGUCGCAAACCCAGCUUCAGGGCGUCCACCUUUCACCCACUCCUCCAGUGCAGCCAGAUUGCCCGGGAAGCUGAGGAGGGGAGCCAGACCACAUUGCCUCGCACUCCAACCCUGACCACUUCAGCUGGGUCAGCCCACCAAACCGCAGCCCAGGCUGCUGCCACCCCACCCAGGCCCGAGUUGUUCUGGAGCAGUAGUAGUCUGAGGGGGUUCCAUGCCACACAGACCCCACCUCCUGCUUAUGAGAGCAUUAUAAGGGCCUACCAGGAGACCUGCACCUGAGGAGGGGAUGGAUGUGUCCAUCCUGAUAGUGGACUGACUGAGCCCAGGGUUGUCAAUGGGAUUUUAGAACAACUGGAUAUGUUUGACUUGAGGGGAAAAUAAAUAGCCCUAAUGCUAAUAUAUGUUUCUAUGUGUGUGUGUGUGUGUGUGUGUGUGUGUGUGUGUGUGUCCCUGGUGAGCAAGAAAGAGAUGUUUAUUUUCAGAUGAGACAGAGUAUUUGUUGUACAUGUGUGAAUGUGUGUGUGAAUGUGUGGGUGUCUAAUGAGAUUUAUAAGAUUGAGAACUCAUGUUGAAUUCCAUCAUGUACCAACCCAAUCCACCCAUGUAACUGGACUACUUUCUAUUUGUGAGCUUGGACAUGCAAAACUAUAUCGAUAAACAAUGUUUGCAUGAUCCAAUGAGGGUUCCUCUCCAAGGUAAUCUGCAAAAUGUGUGUAUGAUUGUCAUGGAUCUGAUUUAUAAAAUGGUCACUGUUUUGGUUGGAAUUUACUGGACACAGAUCAUAACUUAACACAAUAAAAUGCUGAAAGAAAUGGUAA